AUGACGGAUGGAUGGUCGGAUGGCAAAAGUAGAUGUUUAAUCAACUUUCUUGUCAAUAGCCCUCAAGGUACUUGGUUCUUGAAAUCGGUUGAUGCAUCGGCCUCUAUUAAGAAUGGAGAUUUGUUGUAUGGUUAUUUGGAUGACGUUAUUCAAGAAAUUGGGGAGGAGAAUGUGGUUCAAGUUAUAUCUGACAAUGCUUCGAACUACAAGAAUGCCAGGGCAAAACUUAUGGAGAGGAAAGAGAAGGUGUGGUGGACUCCAUGUGCGGCUCAUUGCAUUGAUUUGAUGUUAGAAGAUAUCUCUAAGAUGGCAUGGUUUGAUGACACACUCAAACGUGCUAGGUGUAUUUCAAAGUAUCUAUAUGGGCAUCAAUGGGUACAAGCUUUGAUGAGAAAGUACACUAACAAUUCGGAAAUUCUUCGUCCGACGGUCACUAGGUUUGCCACUUCUUUCCUUACACUACAAAGCUUACAAAAGCAAAAGGAAAAUCUUGUUGCUUUGUUUACCUCUCAAGAAUGGUCGGAAAGUACCUAUGCAAAAUCCCGUGAAGCAAAGUUGGCUAAGCAUCACGUGUUAUAUGAUCGUGAGUUUUGGGGUCGAGUUUCCUUUUGCAUUAAGGGCGUUCUUCCUCUUGUUUGUGUUUUGAGAGAGGUUGAUUCGGAGGAGAGACCCCCCAUGGGUUUUAUAUAUGAGUUGAUGGAAGCCGCAAAAGAGAAAAUUGCAAACAAUCUUAACAAAGUGGAGAAAAAAUAUAUGCCUAUUUGGAGAAAGAUAGAUCGUAGAUGGGACGAUCAACUUCAUCAACCACUACAUGCGGCGGGCUAUUACUUAAACCCACAAUUUCGAUACGAGGAUAAUUUCUCAGAUACUGAUGAAGUGCGAAAUGGGUUGAUUGCUUGCAUGGAUAGGAUGCUUGGGAAAGGGAAAGAACGUGAAGAGGCCGAUGUUCAAUUGGAUUUAUUUACUAAUAAGUGUGGUCCAUUUGCGGAUUCUAUGGCUAUGCAAACUAGGAAAAAGCGAACACCAACGGCUUGGUGGGAGCGCUUUGGGCAUAAAACACCCGAGUUAACAAAAUUUGCUAUCCGAGUUCUAAGCCUUACUUGUAGUGCAUCGGGAUGUGAGAGGAAUUGGAGCACAUUUUCAAUGAUUCAUACAAAAAGAAGGAAUAGGCUUGAACACAAAAGGCUUAAUGCUUUAGCCUAUGUCAAGUACAAUUUGGCUUUACAACAAAGAAGUAAGAAAAGGAUGGAGAAGUAUGAUCCUAUUGUUGUGGAAGAAAUUGCCUCUGAUGAUGAAUGGAUAACAGAGAUAGAAGAUCCCGUUCUUCCGGAAGAUCCUACAUGGCUUGAGGAUGAGUUAUUGUAUAAUGUUGAGGCCGUAAGGAAUGUGCCAACCCCGGUUUAUGAAGGUGGCUCAUACAUUCGAGAGCCUAGAGAGUCUUCUCCUCCUCCUCCUCCUCGUGAGCCUACUCCUCCUCGUGAGCCUACUCCUCCUCCUCCUCCUCGCGAGCCUACUCAACCUCAGGGUCCUAUUAUAUACAAAAGAAAACGGGGUAAUGAAGAAUCCUCAAGUAGAACUAGAAGAAAUGUGGAAUAUGAUUCGGAAGAUUCUUUUGAUGAAAUGAUGAGAUACCCGACAAGUUCAUCUAGAGUUGGCAAUGAAGAGGAUGAUGUUGCCUUUUAUUUAGGUGAAGAGGAUUUAGAUGAAUGA